GAGGCAGUAUAUCCUCCAAUGCAGUGUAUGUGUGUGGCGUAUACUGGAGCUGCGCUUCCAAUCCGUAAGAGCGCUUCAGUAAACCACCUUUGUCUCUGGCUGAAGAAUCAGAGCUUCCUUUUAACAAGGGCGGCGGGUUCAAGUUAGUGAAACGGAGGGGAACUGCUUUGAAGAAGUGGAUCGGGACUGGUUUAAUAUAGCCUCCCUCUUCAGAACUACUACAAAGGGAGUGAACGGAGAGAGUUCCGCUGCGUAAACCGACCAUCGCACCGCUCGCUCUUCCAGCCAUCUACGAAAGAAAGCAUGGGGGGGAAAGAAGGAACUGAGAGUCUUUCUCUGAGAAAUUUUGGAAUUUCUUGUUCACGUUUUGAAAUGCUGCCGUUAUAAGACGAAGCGCUGUGUGUUUCCAUGCGUUUUGGACGCGCUGACAGCCCGUGUGUGUUACGCACUGACUCACCAAAGGAGCUGUUGUGCAUCUGGAUCCUCCGCGCCUCUUCAUCCAAUCAGAAUCAGCAUUCAGUGGAUUAAAAUAAAGCAAGUGGGAUUGGCGAAAUGGGCUGCACCAAAGUCCUUCUUGUGAUGUUCGUGAUAGGGUUUGAAAAGGGGAUUUGCGUCAAUUGGAACCCUGUCCCACGCAAGACCAUUAAAUAUAAUGAUGUGCAUGACAGUAUGGCGAGGUUUCGCUCUGUUGGGGUGUGGAACUACAGCAUGUUGACCCUGGCAGAACAUGAGAGGGUUUUGUACGUGGGAGCCCGGGAGCACAUCUUCGCCCUGGAUCCCAACGACAUCAGCAGACAGCUCCGACCGCAGAUUGAGUGGUCUGCUCCUGUGGAAAAGAAAAGUGAGUGUGCAGCGAAGGGGAAGAAUAACCAGACUGAAUGUUUCAACUACAUUUGCUUCCUGCAGAGCUACAACCACACUCAUCUGUACACAUGUGGAACAUAUGCCUUCCAGCCCAAAUGCACCUACAUUAAUGCAGAUCACUUCACUCUGGACAGCGCCGCCCUGGAGGACGGCAAAGGAAAGUGCCCCUACGACCCUGCCAAGGGUCAUACAGGACUCAUUGUUGACAAAGAGUUGUACUCCGCCACCCUUAAUAACUUCCUGGGCACAGAGCCUGUGAUCCUGAGGAACCUGGGACAGCAACAUUACAGUAUGAAGAGUGAAUACCUACCUGCUUGGCUCAAUGAGCCAAACUUUGUAGGUUCUGCACUGGUGCGGGAGAGCCGGAACAGUAAAGAUGGAGAUGAUGAUAAGAUCUACUUCUUCUUUAGUGAGAGAGCAGUGGAGCUGGACUGCGACAGCGAUCUGACAGUGGCACGAGUGGCACGUGUUUGUAAGGGAGACCUGGGAGGUACACGGACCCUGCAGAAAAAGUGGACCACCUUUCAGAAGGCUCAGUUGAUGUGCUCCCUCCCAGAGCGCCACAUCACCUUUAAUAACCUGCGGGCCGUCUUUACCCUGCCUGGAGCAGACUGGAGGAGCACAAGUUUCUAUGGCAUCUUCCAUGCACAGUGGGGGGAUGUGGAUGUGUCUGCUGUGUGUCAGUAUCAGAUUGGGGAGGUGAAAACUGUGUUCGACGGGCCGUAUAAAGAAUACAGGGAGUCGUCUCAGCGAUGGGGCCGAUAUACUGGCACUGUACCCAGUCCACGACCUGGAGCGUGCAUCACAAACUUUGACAGAGAAAAUGGCUAUAACAGUUCUCUACAGCUGCCUGAUGCUACUCUGAACUUUGCCAAGAAACAUCCACUAAUGGAGCUAAAGGUGGAAGCUCGCCCCCUGCUGCUUACUAAAGGAAUCAACUUCACUCGCCUCGCUGUGGACAGAGUGAGCUCACUGGACCAGAGAUCCUACAGCAUGCUUUUCAUAGGGACAGCGGAUGGAUGGCUCCAGCGUGUCGUGAUUUUGGGUUCAGAAGCCCAUGUCAUUGAAGAGAUUCAGCUGUUUGAUCGACGGCAACCAGUGGACAGCCUCACCAUCUCUCACAGCAAAAAGUAUUUGUACAUUGGCUCACGCUCUGAGGUUCUUCAGCUGCCCUUGGCCAACUGCAGCCGGUAUCAUUCUCAGCCAGACUGCCUGCUAUCCAGAGACCCGUACUGUGCCUGGGACAGCGAGGGACGUGCCUGUGUCCGCAUCGACCUCCACCGCGGAUCCACAUCCACACUUUCCCAGGACCUCAUGCUGGAGAGGUUUAACCGAGGAAAAGCCAAGUUUGACAAGCCGGUCUCCAUCCCCAGCCCUGAUCAUUCUAGGUUGAGAAAUGCCACAGUGGUCGUUGGAUCGGAUCUGGUGCUACCUUGCAGUCUGGUUUCUAACUUGGCUCAACCCUUUUGGGAACUCAAUGACCGUGAGCUCACCCUAGUAGAAGGUGAGGCCAUGGGACCACGAUUCGACCAAGCCCUUCGUGCCCUUGUUAUCCCCCAAGCUGGUCCCCUUCAAGCAGGCCGCUACAUCUGCUACUCUGAGGAGCAGGGAGUGAAGUUCCAGACAGAAAGAUACCAGGUCACAGUGGUGGCCAGCGCACCUGUCUUCAUGGAAGCCCGCACACCUGAUGGCAGCAUGGGUUUAUUCUGGGUACUGGUGAUCACCUUAGGCGCCGUUUGUCUGUUGCUGCUUAUUGCUUCCCUGUACCUUCGUAGACGACUUAAGCUAGCCCUGGGCAAAGGGGCUGAGAUGAAGCCACUGGAGAGCACUUUAGUGUACCCAAUUACCUUACCCAAAGAGCCGACCAGCCGUCCGCCGUUUGUGCCAAGCAAAAUGGACAACGAUGAAGACCGCUUCUGGGAAACAGGGGCUAAUUAUUUCUACUCUGAUGGGUCCCUGAAAAUUGUGCCCGGACAUGCCAUGUGCUCAACCGGCAGCUCAGCCUCUCCAAGCGCCAUUCCAGGUCAGCCUAUUCACUCACCAAGCAGGUUAAGCCUCACCAACAUCAGAAACUCGAGCACCAAUGGAUACAUCCGCCUGAAUCUGAGCACGGCCGGGGAGGAGAGAGGGAGCGGAGGAGCAGGUAUGGGCAUGGGGAGUGGACUUGGGCUGGGCAGCCGAGAGAACGACUACUCUAGUCCAUUUAAAGAGGAGCUCCGGAGAACUCUGCAGCAGAGGACCGUCCUGCCCGAUGCCAACCCAGAGGAGUCUUCUGUGUAGAUCUUGUAGAAACCACAGAAUACCUCACCUACCUCCCACCUGCUUGGGGAAAUCUCUCUCCAUCCUACUCUUCUCUACUUGCGACUUAUUACUUCUCUGCCAACACUUUUGCUGUGGCAAACAUCUUUCGUGCCGCAAGGCCACCAUGCUUCAAAACAUUCCCUUCAAUUAUUCUGGUUCUCGCACUUCUAACACUCAAAGUUGCUCCUAGAAGCAGCCUCACCCAAGACUGAACAAAUCUUGCCAAUCUUUUGUAAAUGUCUGUAUUUCAAGGACCAGACAACAGGGCCUUGUGUUGAGCAUGGCUAACAGGCAAACACAGGUACAUCUCUGAGAGGAAUCCGACGAGCCAAAUGUAGCUGUCAGUUUGAUCUGUGUUAGGCAGAGUUCUGGCAACAGAUCAUAUUCAUUAGGCAAGCUGGAGGAUACAGAGCCCUGCUCUCUUAGUUUGACAUCCAGGUUGCUUUCCUCAGUCAAGGCAGGUGUUUGGACAAGUUUCUUGAACUCUUUGUGAAUAGAAAAGCAUGAGAGAGAAGACAAAGAGGACAAGCAAAAACUUAAAUUGCAAGAUGACAAUCACGCUUUUCUCUCAAGAGAGAAAACGGAGGACAAAUUGUUAAAGAGAAGAGAGAAAAAAAAAUUGUGAGCUGAAAAACAGAAACAGGACUCAAACCACAGACAAAUGCUUUGUCUUUCUUUACAGCUCAAUAACUUUUUUUAAUAUUGUCUUUUUUUUUUCGAGAAUGUGUCCUGAGACUUGCAGCACUAAUAAUAUAUUGUGAGGUUUUUCUGUCUGUUUAUUGCAACUGUUAAAGAAGGAUUUAUUUUUUACUAUUACGAGUUUCAGCUGAAAUGUGAAAGGAAACUAGCUUAUGUUCUUGUUCACCUCAAAAUUUUCCCUACAUGAUAAACCAGGUGAAUGAAGACACAUGAUGGAAGGAAACUUUGGUUCUGGUCUGGUUUAGAAGACUCCGAAUUAUUCCUCAGGAACAGGAUCCUUCAAGGACUACCAGUUGCUGAGCUUGUUAUUAAGUCCAAUUUAAGUGACCAAUCAGACGCUACGGCUGAUGAAACACAGUGUGGGCUUUGCAACUCUUAAACAGAGACUAAACACAAAAACAGGGUGAAACCAGAAAGCCGAGGAUAUUUUAAUUCUGUUGACCAUGAUUGUGAAGACAAAUAAAGGAGACAAACAUUUUUCAUGACCCUGCGGGUGAAGAGGCACUAUGAUGGUCAUCACUGGGCCCAUAUUCCACUGCAUGAUGUUCUGCAAAAUAUAUUGUAUAAUUUUCAACAAUAAAACAAUAAUCUCAUACUACACUACCUGGCCAAAAAAAGUCGCCCUUUGGAUUUAAAAAAGUAGAUACUUAAGAGCCUAUGAUUGGAUCAUUAUUGCAGUGAUUAAUAUGUUUCAGCUGGCAACAAUUCUUUUAACCCUAACUGAUGCAAUGUGUAGCUUCUCAUUUCAUAAACAACCAUGUCGGAAGACGUAUCCCGUGGUCGUGGAAGAGAUGUUACUGUGUUUCAGAAGGGGCAAAUUAUUGGCCUGCUUCAAGCAAAGAAUACAACUGAGGAGAUUGCUGAAAUCACUGGAAUUGGGUUAAGAACUGUCCAACACAUUAUUAAAACCUGAAAGGAUAGUGGUGAACCGUCAACUUCGUGGAAGAAAUGUAGUCAGAAAAAAAUCUUGAAUGAUCAUGAUCGGAGAUCACUGAAACUCUUGGUGAAGUCACAUCGUAAGAAAUCGACAGCAGAACUCACGGCUGUGUUUAAUAGUGACAGUUAGAGCAUUUCCACACACACAAUGCGACGAGAAUUUACAGGAUUGGGACUAAACAGCUGUGUGGCCACAAGAAAGCCACUUGUUAGUGAGGCUUACCGGAAAAACACUACUUUAGUUUGCUAGGGAGCAUAAAGAUUGGACUGGAACAAUGGAAAAAAGGAAUGUGGUCUGAUGAGUCCAGAUUGACCCUAUUCCAAAGCGAUAGAAAACGCAUGAAGUGAUGCACCCGUCAUGCAUAGUGCCCUCUGUACAAGCCUCUGGAGGCAGUGUUAUGAUCUGGGGUUGCUUCAGUUGGUCAGGUCUAGGCUCAGCAAUGUUAUGCUGCAAUAAAAUGAAGUCAGCUGACUACCUGGAUGUAUUGAAUGACCAGGUUAUCCCAUCAAUGGAUUUUUUCUUCCUUGACGGCACAGGCAUUUUCCAGGACGACAAUGCCAAGAUUCAUUUGGCUCAAAUUGUGAAAGAGUGGUUCAGGGAGCAUGAGGAAUUAUUUUAACAAUUGGCCACCACAGAGUCCUGACCUUAACCCCAUUGAGUGUCUUUGGGAUGUGCUGGAGAAGACUUUACGGAGUGGUUCGACUCGCCCAUCAUCAAUACAAGAUCUCGGCCAAAAAUUAAUGCAACUCUGGAUGGAAAUAAAUGUUGUGACGUUGCAUAAGGUUGUCGAAACAAUGCCAUGACAAAUGCAUACCAUAAUCGAAGCUAAAGGCAGUCCAACGAAAUAUUAGAGAAUGCAACUUUUUUUUUUUUUUUUUUUGGCCAGGCAGUGUAUACACAGAAUAUAAAAAAAGAAGAAAUGUUUUCAUACCUGUGCCUCUACACCUUGAGUGAAGCCAAAGCAGACUGCAGACAUGUUUUUAAUCCUCCUCUUUUUUUAUGUUCUGGAUUUUGUCCAUUGCACAAAACUAAAGUGUUGUCGGAAAUCUUUGUUACUACUAAUCUUGUUUUGGUGGAAUGCUAUUCUUUGUGGCAUGAUAGCUUUACAGUUUUCUCAAGCAGCUUUUCAUUCUGCUAUUCAAUUUGUUCUAGUCUAUGAUCCAGUCUGUGCCACGCAGCAUAAGAGGGAAGUUUACACUGGUUAGAAAAGAUCUUUGUACUAAAAUGUAUGCUGAAAAAACAGAAUCCUUUCUGCCAGAACUUCUCAGGGUGGACUUCUGACUCUCGAAAUUGUGAAAUCUUAAAGUCCUUAAUUUCACUCAUCGCUUUGAUAUGCCUAUGUAAGUAAUGACCUAAAUUCAGACUUAAGAAUGACAUAAUUUCACUGAGAAGACCAGGAAGUGUUGCAAAUGCUCGAUUACAUUACGCAUGGCAUUUUUGUACUGACUCAAAAAUGCUUCCCAGUAUUCCCUGCUUGAUAAAAAAAAAUACGGUCAUCUCAAGUGCAUUUCAUCUCACUUGGCUUUAAAUCUGCUGUUUCUUUGUGGUUGCCAUUGUAAUUUUUGUAUUACAUUUUUUUUUUCUUGUUUCCUUGCAUAAGAAAGUGUUUUUUUUUUUGUUUUUUUGUUUUUUUAAGUAAUUAUGUUAAGUAACUUAUUUUUUGCUUGUACAAAAAGUUGAUAUUUAUUACCAUUGUACAUAUACCCCUAUUUUUUAUAUAUGUAUAUAUCUUCAGAAAAUAAAAGUACAGACCAGUUCACAAUGUGUUGGUUGUGUAUGGUUGCAUGAGUAACUGUGUGUUCAAACGACUUCAAAAUGCCAAGUGUCUUGUUUGUUUGUAAUGCAUAAUGGCCAUUUACAUUUUCAUAAUGCCUCUGAAAAAUAUUAAUGCAAUCUUUUGUUUUGUGAGAGUCCACAAACAUAACACAACAUCUGGACAGGAAUCACAACAAGUGCAGUGUUUCCUGCUUAGAAUCUCUC